GGGUGACAGACAAGAGGCUUCCCUACACCAUCUUCUGCCCACAAGACAGCCGAGGACGAGGCCUUUCCUGUUCCUCUACCACCGAACACAGCCCCCCUGCCAUCACUUUUCUCUAUCCUGCGCCUCCCCUCUUAACCCACCCCCACCCUUAACCUGCGCACCCUCUUCCCCCUAUACCUUCCCCUCCCAAUUUCCAUUAAAACCUAGGAUUCCCCUCCUCUCAACCUCUUCCCCCAAAUUCGGAGUCCUGAAGGGUCUUUGGGUUUCGGGUUAGGGUUUUUGAGAGAUGUGGGAUGCUUCAGGCAUUGAUGAAUCUCCUCUCUCUUUGCUGGAAGCCAUUUGGGCGCAGCGACGGUGAGGGACUCGGCUCUGUCGGAAUCGUCGGCGCUGCGAACAUCGCAGGCGGCGGUGGAGGACGAGAUGGCAAAGAUAAUUUGCUUUGGUUCCGAGAUUUCGGAAAGUACGCGUGGGGGGAUUUCUCCAUGGCGGUGGUCCAAGCCAAUCAGGUGCUCGAGGACCAGAGCCAGAUCGAGUCUGGACCCUUUGGAACCUUCGUCGGCGUAUACGACGGACAUGGCGGCCCGGAGACCGCUCGAUACGUUUGCGACAAUUUAUUUAAACAUUUCCAAGCAAUAUCAGCGGAGUCCGAAGGUGUUGUGACGGCAGAGACUAUCCAAAAUGCUUUUCUCCGAACAGAGGAAGGGUUUACUGCCCUUGUUUCGGAGCUGUGGGGUACUAGACCCCAAGUAGCAACUGUCGGGUCAUGCUGUCUGGUUGGAGUAAUAUGUCAGGGGACCCUAUUUGUGGCAAACUUGGGAGAUUCACGGUGUGUGUUGGGGAAGAAAGUGGGCAACACUGGGGAAAUUGCUGCGAUCCAGUUGUCCACUGAACACAAUGCAAAUCUCGAGGAGGUUAGGCGUGAGCUGAAAGAUUUGCACCCACAUGAUCCUGAAAUUGUCGUUUUAAAGCAUGGAGUUUGGAGAGUAAAAGGGAUAAUCCAGGUAUCUAAAUCUAUAGGUGACGUAUAUAUGAAACAUGCACGGUUUAACAGGGAGCCAAUUAGUGCAAAAUUCAGACUUCCCGAACCAAUGACCAUGCCUAUCUUGUCUGCCGAACCAACCAUUCUUUCUCAUCCCCUCCAUCCAAAUGAUUCUUUCCUUAUAUUUGCUUCUGAUGGUCUAUGGGAACACUUGAGUAAUGAAAAAGCUGUUGAGAUUGUCCACAAUCAUCCACAUGCAGGAAGUGCCAAGCGGCUUGUUAAGACGGCUCUCCAAGAAGCUGCAAGGAAAAGAGAGAUGCGAUAUUCAGAUCUUCGGAAAAUUGACAAGAAGGUCAGACGCCAUUUUCACGAUGAUAUAACUGUCAUUGUUUUAUUCUUAAACCAUGACCUAAUAUCCAGAGGCACAGCGCGAGAGCCCCCAGUAUCAAUAAAAGGUGCCCGUGACCACUGAUACGUUUAUGAAAUCAAACAUGUCUCUGCUGCCCCUGAUUCUGAUAUGUGCGUGAACGAUCAUCCUACUGUCGUGAGAAAUAAUUUCCAGGAUGAAUUGGCUAGACAGACCACCGGGAUCCGGAGAUGAUGCUUGGUUUUUGAAGAGGCUUUGCAAGUUUUAAUGUCAGAAGAGUAACUUAAUUACAGAGUCGUAUAAUUCCAUGUUUAUGUCGUAUCUUAAAUGAAUGUUGUAGUUGGUUUGGUUGCCUCUCGGAAACAGAAUGCGAGAGCUGUAGUGUCAUUAUAACUUUUUUCCUUCCAAUACAGCUACACCUCUUGUUUUAUUCAUCACCAGGGAACUAUUUUAACUGCUUGUAACAGCAAUUGCAUCCUUUGGAAAUGGCAAGAGCAAGACAUUUGAAUUGAAUUUGGGCAACUCCAUCCGUUGGGUAUGAGCAAGGGCAAAGGCUAUUACUAUUUAUUUAUAUACAUUUUCUUUUUUUAA